UCUCGGUUCCGGUACCAGCACCACGAGAGCGCCUACUCUUCAAGAACGCACCAUGGAAGGAGAUCAAUGCCAGGAUCACGAGCGCACUGGAAAUGACACCCUGCCAAGGAACGGUGCAGCAACAGACCAUCGAGAAGGGCGAUAAAGGCCAACCGCCGCCGAGCCGCAAGUCCCAGCGCACGGCGCGGGGGAAGGGCAGUCGGGCGGACCAGUUCUGCAUACAUCGCAACUCCGACGGUCGGAACAUUCCUGCCGUGGCGAUCGAGUACAAGGUGCCGCAUAAGCUGGGGUGCAACGAGGUUGUCACAGUCCUGGCGUCCGUGAUCCAGCCGGAACGCGAUGUGAUCAACAAGGAUGGCGAGACUUUCGCGUUUGCAUCGAAGGCGCUUGCUGCCGCCGUUGUCACCUAGUUCUUCUCCUAUAUGAUUGGCAGGGGCAUUCGAUAUGGAUACGUGUGUGUAAGCGAG